AUGGUCAAGUUCUCUGCUCUUCAGGCGGUGGCUACGCUCGCUGUGGCUGGCACCGCCAUGGCUGCCGACGUUCACGGCAUGAGCCGCACCAACCAGCGUGUGCACGCGCGUCAGAGCUCCGGCUCCAUCAUGGCGUCCGACUACCAGAACGGCGACCCUGCACCCGGUGCACGUUCGGGCGAUGCGGCGGGCCAGACGGUCGUCAUCGACUCGGACGGUGGCCACGACGACAACUCGCAGCGCGCGGGCUGCCCCACCAUCUUUAUCGGCUCCGCCGCCGUGGGAGGCUCGUUCAGCUCCGGCUGGAGCGACAUGCCGCAGGUGCUCGGCUUCGACACGAUGCGCGACCUUACGCUCGCCAACAACGUCGUCCAGCCGUACAUCAUCGAGCGCGGCAAGACCGCCAGCCAGAUCAAGCGCGUCGUCAUCACCCAACCGGGUCUGCCGCGCGACUACUGGAAGUACGCCAACCUGGUGCGCAACUCGCUGCUGUGCGCCUCGGUCAACUCGACGCUCGGCAUCAACCGCGACGAGAUCCUCAUCGCCGCACCCACCUGGUUCAGCACCAACGACGCCUCCGCCGGCUCGGCACAGUCCAACGACCUCGUCUUCAACGGCGGCGGCUGGGCCACCGGUGUGGACUCGGCCGGGCCCAACGGUGCGGCCAUCUCGUCGUUCGAGGCACUCGAUGCGCUCGUCUCCAAGUUCUUCGACAAGUCCACCUACCCCAACCUCCAGCAGGUCGUCAUUGCGGGCCACUCGCUCGGCGGCUCGUUUACGCAGCACUAUGCCAUGCUGCGCAAGCAGAACCAGGCGCAGGACGGCAUGAUGAGCUACUUUGUCGGCAACCCGGGCGCCUACGUCUGGCCCACCUCGCAGCGUCCCGUCCAGAACCCCGGUGGCAACUGCGCCAGCACGGCAGAUGAGUGGGGCUACGGCCUGCAGGACCUGCCCUCGUACGGUCAGGGGCAGGGUAGCGCCAGCAGCAUCGCAUCGCGCUACUACGGUCGCACCGUCACCUACGGCCUGGGACUGCAGGAUAACGAGGGCGGCGACAGCCAUUGCGAGGCAGCUUACCAGGGCACAUCGCACCUCACGCGCGGCCAGAACUUCCAGCGCGCCCUCGAGGCUGCGAACGGUGGCAACGUGCCCGCCAGCCACACGUUCAACUACGUCGCAGGCGUCGCCCACGAGGACUACCUCAUCUUUAGCGACCCCGUGAGCCAGUACCAUCUCUUCGCCGCCGGCACCAACUUUGCUGCCAGCGCGUCCGCCACGUCGUCCGCUGCGGCGUCGUCGGCUACCAGCAAGAGGGGCUCGUCGUCCUCGGCUCAGUCCGGUGCAUCGGGUUCCGCUGCUGCGCCUUCCGCGUCCGGCUCGUCGGCAGGCUCGUCGUCCGGCACCUCCAGCGGCGCAGGUGGGCUCGCUUUCGCUUCGCCCGCAGCCGUGGUCUCGGCCAUGCUUGCCUCGUCCGCAGCCUUCCUCGCCCUGGCUCUCUAG